GAUUUUUUUGACAAAAUUGUCCGUAGUUAAGUUUUAGAAUGACACCCAAUACCCCUGGACUUAUCACACUCGUGACCUAACGCUGGGUGCUUCUCUUCUCUGCAGCCUCUUUGAUCUGUUGGUGCUCACUUCGAUCCCGUUGUGCCCUCUUCAGUUUAGGUGUUUUCAUUUUAGUGAUAUUGUUGAACUGAACAUACUCUGCCCAGUUCUCAGCUUAAAGCAUGGAUCCGGAGGCUGCACGAACUGCACGAGAAUCUCUAGACCUGGCAUUCCAUAUGUCCAAUAUACUUGAUACUGGUCUAGACCGUCACACACUUUCUGUUCUUAUAGCACUUUGUGAUCUUGGAGUCAAUCCUGAAGCGCUUGCUGCUGUUGUCAAGGAACUAAGAAAAGAGAAACCCUCACUAUCAUCAUCACUUCCCGUAGCUCCUUCUUUGCCAUAAAUAAAUGGAUUUUUCUAUUAGAUGCCAUUUUGUUUAUGCUUGCUAAAGUUCUUUGUAAUCCAUCCUAUUUAUCUGUUCUUGAUCUGGUUCAUUGAAUUUCUGUGUGCUUUGAUUGUUCUUCUGCAUGUUCUUCAUUUGAUGUAUAGUGAGAUUGUUUUAGCACAAAACUGAUAUGUUGCAAUUAGGAACUCUAUUUGAAGGCUUAUUAUCUUUGAGUAAAAUUUCGCAUUUUGUGCUGCUAGUCUGCAA